AACUUAUAACUGCAUUAUGAUUGCUCGUAGUAAGUUUCAUUCAUGCAACAAACAAGCGGUUUCUUUAUUGUGUCCGAAUAAAUGAAAUUUCAGUCAUAUAUUCUCAAUUUAGCGUGUAAUUUGUAAAUUUGAAUGAGUUAUAUAAAUAUAGUGAUCGUCGUAAUUUCCAUCAAACUCUUCUCUGAUAAUAUUUGGUAAACUCUAAUGUACCUUUCAAUUUAUAAUUUUUCACUUUCUUUCUCAUUAGUUUCACGUUUCUCUCCUCUCUUCUUCUUGACAAAAGAAAUUUUAAUAAUUCGUCGAUGUACAAGUAUCGACGAACAACGUUCGUUCCUGGCUUCCUCAAAAAUCACUCGAUCGUGAAUCCUCAAAGAAUAAAUCCUAGAUGCAUUAAUCCAUGCGGUGUGAAUCCUGCUGCAGACGAAGACUUGGACGAUGACGUCACACCACGUGUGUCUUCUUCGUCAACGAAUGUUUCUGACCACACGCGAUGAGUUUCUCGAUUAGUGCAUAUAGUGUGGUCGCUGUCCCUUUGACUGUGCCAAACGGUACGUGUCGGAAAUACGAUCGUAUUGCGAAUCCGAGACGCUUCGAAUCAAUUGCUUAAAAUGGUUUGUGGUCCUGGUGAUAAGACGAAUCGAUUAAUAUCUACGUGUCCAAUAUUGUUAUUCAAACGUCAUCGAAACAUUGAUUACCACAAAAACUUAAAGCUUCAUACCUUUAUCCAGAUCUCAGACAUGCGGUGGUACUUCCUUUGGUUAGCCUUGGCGUAUUAUAUUAUUGCUACUGCAGUCAAAGCACAGCCGAUUCAAACAACCAGCGACUAUGCAGGAUGUUGCUCUUGUCAGUUCGAGGAUACGCGGUACAUGAGUCGUGUCUGUGGUAGGGUCAGCACUUUUAUGACGUUGGUUCAACAUGCGAUAUCCUCCAGAUGCGACAUCGCUGACCCUUGUCGACGAUUGGGAAGAGACGAAGCACCGAGUGAAAAUGAAUGGUUCGACUUUGUAAUUGUCGGCGCAGGUGUGGCCGGACCAAUAAUUGCGAGAAGAUUGAGCGACAAUCCAUGGCGAAAGGUUUUGCUCAUCGAAGCUGGCCCAGAAGAACCUAGUAUGACAGCUAUACCAGCGUUUGCGUUCAAUGCCGUAAAUACGUCCCUCGAUUGGAACUUUAAGACGGAGCCAACAUUAUCACAUCCUACCGCCUGUUUAAAAACGGGUGGCGUCUGCACUUGGCCAAGAGGCAAAAUGGUCGCCGGAACCGGUGGUUUACACGGCAUGAUGUACAUUCGAGGGCAUCCUGAAAUUUAUAAUCGCUGGGCGCGCAAAGGUAACUUGGGUUGGUCUUAUAAUGACAUCAGUCAUUAUUUUGAACGAGUGGAGAAUCCGGUCGACCCAACAAUCUUGUCGGACAAGCCUAGAAGCUUGAAGGAAGACGGCCCGAUGAAUAUUCAGUAUUAUCCGCAUAAGCCGGACUUUGUCAAUAUUCUGUUGGCAGCUGCCGGCGAGCUGGGUUACCGAACCUCCCAAUUGAAGGAAUACAAUCAAACUGGCUUCAUGAUCGCACCAAUGACGACCAAGAACGGUAUGCGUCUCACGACUUCGAGAGCAUAUUUGAGACCUAUUUACGACCGCAAGAAUUUGCGAGUGCUGACAAAUGCGCAAGUCACUAAGAUCUUGAUUAGUCCAUGGGAACAAAAGGCUUACGGUGUGGAAUUGGUGGAUAAAAACGGCUACAAAAGAGUGGUUAAAUGUGAUAAGGAGGUAAUUCUGACAGCCGGUGCUAUUGGCUCGCCACACAUUCUUAUGAAUUCUGGAGUGGGACCCGAAAAAGAUCUCGCCAAGUUCGGUAUUAAAGUGUAUAAAGAUCUGCCGGUCGGCAAGAAUCUGCACAAUCAUGUGUCUGUGGGGGUGCCGAUGAGCAUCAGAGACAUUCCAUAUGAGACUAUCACCAUGGACGCCGUAAAUGAAUAUUUGGAGAAUAAGACCGGUCCAUUGGCCAGCACUGGUAUCACUCAAGUUACCGCUUUCUUCGAGAGUAGCUACGCGAUCAAUGGCAUGCCGGAUAUCCAAGUCUUCUUCGACGGUUUCAGCUCCACUUGUCCAAAAACUGGUCUACCCAACGAAUGCGCCAAUGAUAAGGUCCAGUUCGAUUGUCCGAGCAGAAGAGAGAUUGUGGCGAGACCUACAGUGGUUUACGCGGAGAGUCGAGGCGACUUGAAACUCCGCUCGAAUAAUCCUUUGGAUCCGCCGUUGAUAUAUCCAAAUUACUUCACAAACGAAAAGGAUCUAAUGAUUCUGCUCGAAGGUGUCAAAAAGAUUAGCAAGCUUGUUGACACGCCCGCUAUGAAGAAGUGGGAUCUUCGCUUGGAACAACCGACAAGUUCAUUGUGUAGCGACUACCAUUUCGGUACGGACGCUUUCUGGAUGUGUCAAAUAAGGACGGAAACUGGACCAGAAAAUCAUCAAUCUGGAACAUGCAAGUUAGGACCAAGUACUGAUCCAAGCGCGGUAGUAGAUGCAGAACUUCGAAUACAUGGUAUAUCGAAUAUCCGUGUUGCCGACGCAUCCAUCUUUCCCAUUGUGCCAAACUCAAAUCCUAUCGCUGGGAUCAUGAUGGUGGCUGAAAAGGCUGCUGAUAUGAUUAACAAUGCUUGGCCGCAAAAAUUUUAAAUGUAUAAGUUUUGAUACACUAGACUGUAAUCAAGAUUAGCGUGUAUACAUGUGUAGAGAGAGAGAGAGAGAGAGAGAGAGAGAGAGAAGAUAGGAAAAGAUGAAACAAAAGAAAUAUUAAAUCAAAUUUGAAGUUUUCAAUUUUGCGACAAUAAGUUCUUCGAGCUAAAAGCAUUUUUAUAACAAAACUUUGAUUGAAUAAAAUAUUUUAAAUUUAUUUAUUUUGAAUAAAAUAGUA